UCAAGAAUUCAAGAACGAACCACUUUGGGUUCGUUUAUUCACUUGUAUUCAUGUGUUUGGUUAGCCUUUUUCUGUAAAAAAAUAUCUUUGCCGACCAAAUAAAGAAAAAGAAGAAAAGAAUGGAAGGAUUAUUCGAAGAUGAUGGGGAAGUAGAGACAAAUAAUGCAGCAGACAACUUGGGAAAUCAGUAUGGUGCGGGUGAUAAUAUGAUGAUGCCUAUGACAAACAGCAGUUUCAGUAAUGGUACUGGUCCUGAGAUGCUAGACGAACCUGCAGAUUGGUAUACUCAGUUCUCGGAUCUACAUUUUCCAGAUAAUGAACCAAAUGGAGUGCAGUCGGAUAAUCAUUUGCUGGAUGUUGACGAUUAUUUGCAAGAAAAUAAUGUUUGUCUCAUCAAUCAGUCCAUUCACGAUAAUGAGACAUGGACUGUGCAAGCCCAAGCAGAUUAUGGUCAUCAUCAGCCUCAGUCUUCAACAUCAUUCAUUCCUCCAAUACUCGGUAUUGAUAAUGACGACGAUACUGGUUCUCCCGAACAUGGACAACAACUAGCAGUACCACAAGAUCCACAAGGAUCACGAGGACCACAAGAACAUCCGUCAGGGUUAUUUCAACUACCGGUACAAGAACCACAAAAUGAUGCAUUACCAGGAACAGCUGCAGGUAAUGCUUCUGUCAAAGAGGCAGCUAUUACUCACAAGAAUAAGAAUAUAUGUAGUGAUGAUAGUGAUGAUGACAACGAUGAAGAUAAUAUUGGGGAUGACAAUCAAUUAUCUUCUGUUAUUAGUAAAAAUCUAAUGUCGGAACGGAACAGAAGGAAGAGAUUGAACAAGCAGUUCUUCACUUUGAGAUCCAUGGUACCUAGAAUUACCAAGAUGGAUAAAAGAUCUAUUCUUGUUGAUGCACUUACUUAUCUACAAGAUAUACUUGACCAGACAAAUAUCGAAAUAAAAAAUCAGAAUCAUUUCUCUACUGCUGCUAUUGCUGGGACUGAUGAUCCUGCACAUGCUGCUGUAAAGACUCUAAGGCCACCUGAUUCAUCCACAGUAAAUGCUGAAAUAAAUCAUCCUCCUCCUCAUGACCAGACAGGAGCGGUUCUAUUAGAGAAGAACGCGGUCGAUGUCAAUGUUGAAGCUGGUCAACUCCAACAAAUUAAGGCGACAGCGAUCUGA